GUCCCUGCCGCGCCGGGCCGAGCCGAGCCGAGCCGAGCCGCGGCGAUGCGCCCUGCCGCCCCGCCGGCUCCGGCUGCCCGCGGCGGGGGCUGAGCCGAGGCGAGCCGAGCCGGGCUUGAAGGCCGAGCGCCGUGGGGCCGCGGGAACGCUGCCAUGGCGAAGCGGGAGGCCAGCGCCAGCCCGGUGGUGCGGCAGAUUGACAAACAGUUCCUGGUGUGCAGCAUCUGCCUCGACCGCUACCGCAACCCCAAGGUGCUGCCCUGCCUGCACACCUUCUGCGAGAGGUGUCUCCAGAACUAUAUCCCGCCCCAGAGCCUGACCCUCUCCUGCCCCGUCUGCCGCCAGACCUCCAUCCUGCCCGAGCGGGGCGUCGCGGCCCUGCAGAACAACUUCUUCAUCACCAACCUGAUGGAGGUGCUGCAGCGUGACCCUGACAGCCGUGGCCCCCACCGGCAGGGGCUGGACCCCGUCAGCGCCGUCACCGGCCAGCCCCUCUCCUGCCCCAACCACGAGGGCAAGGUGAUGGAGUUUUACUGCGAGUCCUGCGAGACAGCCAUGUGUCACGAGUGCACGGAAGGGGAGCACCGGGAGCAUGUCACAGUGCCACUACGCGACGUGGUGGAGCAGCACAAGGCGGCCCUGCAGCAGCAGCUGGAGGCCAUCAGGGGAAGGCUCCCGCAGCUGGCAGCCGCCAUUGGGCUGGUGUCAGAAAUAAGCCAGCAGCUGGUGGAGCGCAAGAACGAGGCCGUGUCCGAGAUUGGCAGCACCUUCGAGGAGCUGGAGAAGGCUCUGCAGCAGCGUAAGGGCUUGCUGGUGCGGGACCUGGAGGCCAUCUGCGGGGCCAAGCAGAAGGUGCUGCAGGCACAGCUGGACGCGCUGCGCCAGGGCCAGGAGAACAUCCUCAGCAGCUGCGCCUUCACUGAGCAGGCGCUGCACCACGGCACGGCGCCCGAGGUGCUGCUGGUGAAGAAACAGAUGAGCGAGCGGCUGAGCGAGCUGGCCAGCCAAGAAUUCCCUGAGCACCCGCACGAGAACGACCAGCUUGACUAUGUGGUGGAGACCGACGGCGUCCGCAAGUCCAUCCUCAACCUGGGCGUGCUCAUCACCACCAGCGCCACGGCGCACAAGACGGUGGCCACCGGCGAGGGGCUGCGGCACGCGGUGGUGGGACAGCCCGCCUCGCUCAGCGUCACCACCAAGGACAAGGACGGGGAGCUGGUGCGCAGCGGCAGCGCCAGCCUGCGCUUCCAGGUGACGGGGCCGGACGGCAGCGUGGCUGAGAGCGAGGUGCUGGACAACAAGAACGGCACCUACGAGCUGCUGUACACGCCGCGUGCCGAGGGCGACUUCCUGCUCUCCAUCCUGCUCUACGGGCAGCCCAUCCGUGGCAGCCCCUUCCGCGUCCGCGCCGUCAAGGCCUGCGACGUGCCCCCCUCCCCAGAUGACGUCAAGCGCCGCGUGAAGUCGCCCAGCAGCGGGCACAUCCGGCAGAAGGCUGUCCGGCGCCCCUCCAGCAUGUACAGCAGCGGCAAGAAGAAGGAGAACCCCAUCGAGGACGAGCUCAUCUUCCGUGUCGGGAGCCGCGGCCGGGAGAAGGGCGAGUUCACCAACCUGCAGGGCAUCUCCACCUCCAGUGCCGGCCGCAUCGUGGUGGCCGACAGCAAUAACCAGUGCGUGCAGGUGUUCUCCAACGAGGGGCAGUUCCGGCUGCGCUUCGGCGUGCGGGGCCGCUCCCCGGGCCAGCUGCAGCGCCCCACCGGCGUCACCGUGGACAUGAACGGGGACAUAAUCAUCGCUGACUACGACAACCGCUGGGUCAGCAUCUUCUCCCCCGAGGGCAAGUUCAAGACGAAGAUCGGGGCCGGGCGGCUGAUGGGCCCCAAGGGCGUUGCUGUGGACCGCAACGGGCACAUCAUCGUGGUGGACAACAAGGCCUGCUGCGUCUUCAUCUUCCAGUCCAACGGCAAGCUGGUCACCAAGUUUGGGAGCCGCGGCACGGCCGAGCGGCAGUUUGCAGGGCCCCACUUCGUGGCGGUCAACAACAAGAACGAGAUCGUGGUGACAGACUUCCACAACCACUCCGUGAAGGUGUACAACGCGGACGGUGAGUUCCUCUUCAAGUUUGGGUCGCACGGGGAGGGGAACGGGCAGUUCAACGCCCCCACGGGGGUGGCUGUCGACGCCAAUGGCAACAUCAUCGUGGCCGACUGGGGCAACAGCCGCAUCCAGGUCUUUGACAGCUCAGGCUCCUUCCUCUCCUACAUCAACACGGCGGCCGACCCGCUGUACGGGCCGCAGGGGCUGGCGCUCACCUCGGACGGACACGUGGUGGUGGCUGACUCGGGCAACCACUGCUUCAAGGCCUAUCGCUACCUGCAGUAGGGGCAGCGGGGACCCGGGGGGCAAUGGUGCCCACCCCACGCGGGAGCCCCCGCCGCCCGCACUGCCCCUCUUGUGCACUUUAUCCCCACGCCAGGGCAGCCGGGCCCAGAGCAGGGGCAAGGAUGGGCAUGGCUGGCGUGGGGCGGGGGUGGCCGUGUUCCCCCCACGGCAGCGCCCGCGGGGCUCCCUGAGGUGCACGGGGCGAGGGGGCCGUGGGGCAGGCAUGGGGCGGCCUUGCAGCCCCCUGCAGCCCCCUGCUGCCGCCGCACGCCCGGCCGCGCUCGCACGCUCUGUAUGUACAAAAUAAAGUAUUCUG